ACGACCAGAUAGAGCAGUAUCAGCAUUAGCAAUACCAACAGCACUUAUAUCCUGCAUACACCUUGAAGCAGCCCAGCAUCGCCACCACAUCAAAGGAGCAAUCAAGCACAAACCCAUCAUCACAAUGUCUGGACAGCAGGGACGCAAGAUCGCCAUCGUCGGCGCCAGCGGCACCAUCGGCGGCGUCACCCUCAACGCCCUGCGUGAGAAAAACAUCCACACCAUCACCGCCGUCACCCGCGCCGCAUCGUCCGCCACCUUCCCCGCCGACGUGAUCGUCAAGGCGGGCGACUACGCCGACGAGGAAUUUCUCCUCUCAGCCUUCCGCGGCCAGGACGUCGUCGUCCUCCAGCUCGGCAUGGAUGGCUUUAUGUCCGUCCAGCCGUCGCUCAUCCGCGCGGCGGCCAAGGCCGGCGUCAAGUGGGUCCUCCCUACCGAGUUCGGCUCCGACCUGGUGCCGUCCAAGCUGCGGGACGCCAGCCCCCUCCUCGCGAUCAAGGAGCAGUUCCGCAACCUGGCCGAGGAGCUCGGCAUGAGCUGGGUCGCCGUCGUCAACAACCCCUGGUUCGACUGGUCGCUCGAGCGGGGCCUCUGGGGCAUCGACAUCAAGGGCCGCUCGGCGCGGCUGUUCGGCGACGCCGUGAAGCUCCCCACGACGACGCUCAGCAACACGGCCAAGGGCACGGCGGGCCUGCUGAGCCUGCCCGAGGCCGAGCUCGAGACGUUCCGCAACCGGCCGCUGUACCUCAAGUCGUUCUACAUCACGCAGCGGGAGAUGUUCGACAGCGUCCUGCGCGCCACGGGCACCGAGGAGAAGGACUGGAAGGUCGAGGUGCUGGACAUCGCGCCGACGGUCGCCGACGCGGAGGAGAAGUUCAGGCAAGGCGACCAAGGCGCCGUCUUUGUCGCGUUCUACGCCAACCACAUGCGCGAGGGCCGGGGUGGCGACUACAACGCCAAGGUCGGCGACCUGAGUAAGCUCGGCAUUGCGGAGGAGAAUCUGGACGAGGUUGUCAAGAAGGUUGUUCAAAAGGUCGAGGGCCAAUAGAUACAGCGUGGCCGUUUGUAUUCUGUGGCUAGCGCGAAGGCUCAUUACAUGUAGCGAUCAAUAUACUGUGUGACGACAAAAGAAGAUUUUUGGUUGCCAUUGCGAACCACAGCUUAUAUACCAUGACCGUUACUCCCCCUCCUUGAUUAAACAAGGGGGAGACUCAGCUGUUUCCAAGAGACAAGCAGUUCAUCUUUUGCCGGAGACCAGAGAGCGAAGGCUGAAGAGAAUUUGUGUUGAAAUAGAAGUAGAAAAAAAGCAUUACUGUCGGGAUGCUAGGCAUCUCACAGAGAACGGGCCGGCCUAAGACCACGUGAUUUACCUUAGAUUGCCUGGCAUAUAUCUCAAUAGUGCUAGCAAUAACUACACUUGUUGAAUAGACUCUUAUACGUGC